GACGAAAGCACCACAUUGAAUGAAGAGAACAGCACAGUCAACAUGUCCUGUCUCCACAUCAGAGGGGUUUUUCUCACACUCUGUUUGGCUCCAACUGCUUUAUCAAGCCUUCACCCUGAAUGUGAGUACAUAUUUCAGCUGGAGAAAGAGGAGCUUCACUGCCUUCAGUAUAUUGCAGCACAGGAUAACAGAAGCCAGGAAGGUUGUCGGCCAUUCUGGGAUGCUGUCGUCUGCUGGCCUCAUGCAGUUAUUGGAGAUACAGUCCACCGAGGGUGUCCUGCAGUCUUCUCCCUCUUUAGUAACAACACAGGUUCAGUGAGCCGUAACUGCACCAGUGGAGGUUGGUCCAUGCCCUUCCCACCGUACCACAUCGCCUGCAGUGUGGAUGAUGACAUUCCUGAGACAGAAGAAUCGUACUUUGCCACUGUGAAAACGAUUUACACUAUCGGCUACAGCAUUUCAUUAGUGGUGCUGGCUGUUGCUGUGUUAAUCCUGUUGCUCUUGAGGAGGCUGCGUUGUGCCCGGAACUUCAUUCACAUCCAGCUUUUCAUUACAUUUAUCUUGAAAUCUGUGUCGGUGUUCAUAAAAGAUGCUUCUCUGUUCUCAAGUGAUGACACCAACCACUGCACCCUCUCCAGUUUCACCUGUAAGGCCUCUGUGGUCUUCUGUCACUACUGUGUAAUGGCAAAUUUUUUCUGGCUCCUGGUGGAGGCACUUUAUCUGAAUUCCCUACUGCUUUCCUCCUUCUAUCACAGCCGUCGGUGUCUGUGGUGCUUCAGUCUGCUGGGAUGGGGUGUACCCGUGCUCUUCAUCAUCCUGUGGAUUGGAACAAGGCUGUACUUUGAGGACACAGAAUGUUGGGACAUCAAUGAGGACUCGCCCUACUGGUGGAUCAUAAAGGGACCGAUUGUUGUGUCUAUAGCGGUCAAUUUUAUGCUCUUCAUGAACAUAAUCAGAAUCCUGAUACAGAAGCUCAAUCCUCGACUCAUCCAGUUCAACAACUCUUCUCAGUACAGACGCCUGACCAAGUCCACCCUCCUCCUCAUCCCUUUGUUUGGUACUCACUACAUGUUCUUCAAUUUUCUGCCCGACUACGCCAGUGUUAACCUACGGUUCUGUGUUGAGCUCUGCCUGGGAUCCUUCCAGGGGCUCCUCGUUGCAAUUCUCUAUUGCUUCCUCAAUCAAGAGGUCCAGAAAGAGGUCCACAUGCAAUGGCUGAGGUGGCAGGAGAAGAGCUAUGGGGUGGUGUCACCUGCUGCAAAGGGCAGCCAGAUGGACACGCCGUUCUAGAGUGUUUGAAUACGCCUUUAUUCAGCUGUACUUUCACUGACCAUCGCUUCUGUGUAUGUCAUCGUCUCCACUGGGCUGUACAGUUACCAGUGGCUGUUAGCCGUGCACCAUGAAUCCUGAGAGUGCUUUCAUUGCAAACUGUGUUUAACUGCCCACAAUAGAGGUGGACCUUCUGGUGGAGAAGGGUUUUAAAAUCCCACAGUAUGUCAACCACAAGACAACAUGGACAGAUGUUUAGAUUUCCUUGGAGGUGAUUAAGUGGCCAAGUUAAAGGACUACUACAGUAUUUGGUAUUUUAUUUAUCUUAUUUGACCUUUUACAUUUGGCCAGGUAAGACAAUUGAGAACCAAUUCUCAUUUACAAAGACG